AUGACAGAGGAAGAACUUCCAGAUGCUGAGCUUCGAUGGGAUAGAGAGGAGGCGCCACUUGUAUGGUACUUUCAAGCUAGGGGUGAUCUGCUAGCUCCCAAAGAAUUCCUAAAAUUAGGACCGAGAGGGCGGGAGUUCAAGGCAUUGUCUCAAUUUUACCAAAAGUUGGCCCUAGAAAUUCAUAUCAUGAGCUUGUGGACCAUGAAGGAGGCUGACUUCUGCAGUAUGCAAUGGAUUCAAAUAGGCUUCUUGAACCUAGUGGUUUGCAAUCACGGGACACUAAAGUACACCAGCACUAUCGAUGAAUUAGCAAAGAGCUUCCAUCUCAACAAAUCCUGCAGCAUACUUAUAUCCUACAAUUGCAUGGUUGAACCUAAUUGGAACCGGCGGCGGCAUUGUGAACGUAGCGGCGACCAUCAUGCCCUUCUUAACAUCAGCAUAGAGAGGACCAUUGUCAAUGUUUAUGACAGUCGAGGGAGCCAACGACAGAACAUCCAUCCCUUCAUUGAGGCGCUGAAAAACCUCGUCAAUGCUCUCUCUGGCUCACAGGUUUGGCCCCUCAGCCCCUUUAGAAAUUUGGAUGACCUCAGGACAUACUUUGAGUCUGUAGCAAAGCUUUUCUUAACUGUGUUUCACCAUUUUCAUGUGUUCCAGACUGAAGUGUCAUCUACACCGGGGCAGACCGAUUUGGAGAUAUCUGGGUUCCAAGAAGAUCUUUCUGGUUCCAUUAUAGACAAAGUCAUGAACCCUAAGGGAGUCUAUCACCUUCUCUAA